UUUCUGCCUGCAAAAAACGCGAAUCUUUCUCUCUCUUAUUUUUUUCCCUCCCCCCCCUUCUCACUCGCUAUCUUUCUCUCUCUUCGAAAUUCCCAAAAAGAAAAAAAAAGUUCGAAAAAAAACAAAAACAACGCAACACUUAAAAUCGGAUCCGAAACAAGACCCUAACCCUAGACGCGAGUUUAUCCUCUUUGUUUCCCUUUUCUAUGGCUAUUCCCCCUUCUUUUAUUUCUCCUUCGGAAUGACUGAUAGUGGAACUUGAUUUUUAGGGUUAGGGUUUUGUGUUUUCCAAGGGCUGGAGAUAGGAUUAGGGUUAGGGUUAGACCUAGGGUUCGAUUUUUUUUAUGGAAUACCAAGGGGUUGGUGGUACUGAUGCUUUUGGUUGUCGUUGGUGAUGACCGGAGCCCUAUGCCACCGGCAGAAGAAGAUGAUGGGUAGGGGUGCGGAUGGAGGUUGCGGCACCGAGGAGAGGCUUUGCCGCCCGAUUUCUGGGGUCUCCAGUCGGAGUCCGGUGAUCCAAUCUGAGACUUCCGAGAAGCAAUAUGAUGUUGGUGUCGAUUUCUUUUCUCAGGCACGGAAAGCCCUUUGCCAACGUUCCCCUUUUGAUGUCCCUGAAGGUGGUUCUGUGUCGGGGUUGAGUGUGCCAACACUGCCCAGUGGACUGGCUAGUUUGUUGAAGCAGACUGAUAGUAGGAAGAAGCAUAAGAAGUCGCAUUCGGGAGCAGAUAAGAAGUCUUCCAGGCAGGGGGAAAAGGCUCGAGAAGCCAGCAUUUGGGCUGAAACGGAAGUGUUUUUUCGGGACCUAGCAUUGCCGGAUAUUGAUGCUUUGUUUGAGAUUAUACCAUCCAGGUUUUUAGCUGCUAGGAAGAAGUGUUUUAUGAUUCCUUAUGUUGGAAAUGAGCUAACAGGGAAUUCAAAUUUGUAUGCUGAAGUGGAUGAGAAGGCGAGUGUGAGUAGUGGAGAGAAUUUUAAUGGUGUGAAUGCAAAUGGUAAUGUUGGUAAAGAAGGGAAGGAGGUCGUCAGGGUUGAGGAUGGGCACUUAAUGGAAAUUGAUAGCGUUGCAACGCAAGCUCAGUUUUCACCAAAGGAAACAGAAGGACACUUUUUUCCAGAUUCAACUAGUAGUUUAGAGUGGCUUUUAGGUUCUAGGAGUAGGAUAUUGUUAUCUUCAGAGCGGCCUUCAAAGAAGCGGAAGCUUGUUGGAGAAGAUGCUGGGCUGGAGAAAAUAUUAGUUGCUCGUCCAUGUGACGGGGAUUCAUCUUUAUGUCACUUUUGUUGCACUGGUGAUACUGGAAAAGGAUCAAACAGGUUAAUUGUUUGUAGUUCUUGCAAGGUCGCUGUUCAUCAGAAGUGCUAUGGUGUGCAAAAAGAUGUAGAUAGUUCUUGGCUCUGUUCUUGGUGUGAGCUGACAAAUGAUGGCGAUGGUACAGUGAAAUCUUGUGUACUUUGUCCGAAGCAGGGUGGUGCAUUAAAGCCUGUCCAAAAGAAUGAUGAAAAUGGUUCAUCUGUGGAGUUUGCUCACUUGUUUUGUUCAUACUGGAUGCCUGAGGUUUAUAUAGAAGACUUGAAAAAGAUGGAACCAAUUAUUAAUGCGGGAGGAAUAAAUGACACCAGAAAGAAAUUAGUCUGUAAUGUAUGCAAGGUGAAGAAUGGUGCGUGUGUUCGGUGCAGUCAUGGAACUUGCAGAACCUCAUUCCAUCCUAUAUGUGCAAGAGAAGCCAGGCAUAGAAUGGAAGUUUGGGGAAGAUUUGGGUGUGAUAAUAUUGAGUUACGGGCAUUUUGCUCUAAACAUUCAGAAAUCCAUGAUAACAGCAGUUCCCCACAACAUGGAGAACUUUGUGCUUCUGGCACAGACUCUUCUAUCACCAACCAACUUUCGCUGCAAUCUAUGGACAAUUCUCACAAUUCAAAAAUUAGCCAAAGUAAUGGAGAUAAAAUUGCAGUGGGCAUAGGUCUAGAUGAUAAAUCUGGUGAUGGUGAGUUGCAGGAGAUAGACGUGUCUGGUACCAGAUCAAAUGCCCAAGUUGCAUCAGAAUGUGGUGAGGCACAGCAUCUGGUUGAUGUGGGGUUGUUGGAGAGGACAAAUGAUGAUGAACAUAGCCCAUUUAGCUCUCUUAAUUUUGCAAUGAUUUUGAAGAAGGUAUUUGAUCCAGUCAUCCUUGGGUUGAUAGUUCUAUCAAUGUUUUUAAGUUUCCAGAUUGUUCUGUCUUACAAUCUACACAUGAUGCAGCUAAUUGACCGAGGGAAAGUCAAUGUAAAAGAUAUAGCAUCGGAGAUUGGAAUCUCAGCUGAUUCUUUGAGUGCUUCAUUAAAUAAUGAUAGCUUGGCACCUGACCUGCAAUGCAAAAUAGUGAAAUGGCUUAGUAAUCAUGCAUAUAUGGGCACUUCCCUGAAAAAUUUAAAAGUUAAUAUUAAGUCUUUGAUUUCAUCGAAGGAUGAGACUGAUGAGACUGGAACGGGUAUUUCUGACGAUAUAAUGGCCUCCAAGUCUGACAUAGCAGAUCUUGUAGCUGUCAAGCCUAUGCCUCCUUGGAGAAGAACCAAGAAUAAUGUGAGGAUUUUGAGGGAUAACAAAAUAUUAUGCUCCUCUGAUGAAACUACUGAUGAUAUUGGGGUAGUGAUGGAUGAAGUUAGGGUUGAUCUGCUUGCUAAGGAAGAAACAAAUGAUUUAAGUAAAAUAUCCAUUCUUGAUGCCACUGGAAGGAAUUCAGUCAACCCUGAUGUUUCCCAGCACUCUCCAGAGAGGCAUUUUCACACAUCUGAAGGAAAUUCAACUGAUCUCUUAAAUGACAGCCUUCAUGGAAAGAGUCAAUCAGAGAGGGCAAUGACUCCUGAGAAGAAAACAGAUCAAGGAAAUUCUAUUUGCUCGAUUGUUAAUCCAAUUAUCGCCAAUCUCAUAAGAACUGAAGAAUUUUCUAACUUCUACAUUCACCCGUAUACACAGAAGCAAUUGCUGCAGAUGCCCAAUGGGUUGCUUUGCAAGAAUAGAGUGGGUGAGUGUGAAGGCAGAAAGGACACAUUAAAUGAGUUCUAUGGUACAAAGGAGGGAGAUCUCUCUCGUCUGGUGGCAUCUUCAAAUGCUAGUGUUUGCUGCAGUCACGAAAGUGAACAUUCAAUGUGCAAUGAAAAGAGUUGUCUUGUUGAUGAUUUAGAGCUGUCAGUUAAGGCUAGGAAAUUGAGAGCUCUCCAAUUUUCUCCAGAGGAUGAAGUGGAAGGGGAAAUUAUAUUUUAUCAGCAUAGGUUACUGGGCAAUGCAGUUUCAAGAAACUAUGUUACCGAUAAUUUAGUUUCUAGGGUUGCUAAAAGUCUACCACAGGAGGUUGAAGCAUCAAGGAUAAAGAUAUGGGAUACUAUGCUUGUUAAUCGAUAUCUUUAUGAGCUAAGAGAAGCAAAGAAGCAGGGCCGUAAAGAGAGAAGACAUAAGGAGGCACAGGCAGUGUUGGCUGCUGCAACUGCUGCUGUAGCUGCUUCCUCCAGGAUUUCAUCGAGAAAAGAUGGCUUGGAAGAUUCUAGUCAUCAAGAGAAUGUAUUGAAGCUGAAUGCUUCUGUUGGAAGGGCCGGCAUUAACUCUCAGACAAGAGCAAAAGAUGCACUUUCUAGGAAUGCUGUCUCAAGGACUUCAUCUGAAAAGUACUCAGAUAUUGUUCAAUCAGUUACAGAUUUUUCUAAAGGACAUCCUAGGUCGUGCGAUAUCUGCAGGAGAUCUGAGACAGUACUGAAUCCUAUUUUAGUCUGUUCUGGCUGCAAGGUUGCAGUUCACUUGGAUUGCUAUCGCAACGUUAAAGAAUCUACAGGUCCUUGGCGCUGUGAAUUAUGUGAAGAACUGUUCUCAUCUAGAUCCUCCGGAGCUCCAUCUCUAAAUUUUUGGGAGAAGCCUUAUCCUGCUGCAGAAUGUGGCUUAUGUGGUGGUACUACUGGUGCUUUUAGGAAAUCUUUAGAUGGCCAGUGGGUACAUGCUUUCUGUGCUGAGUGGGUUCUUGAAUCAACAUUCAGAAGGGGACAAGUUAAUCCUGUUGAGGGAAUGCAUUUGUCUUCAAGGGGGGUUGACGUUUGUUGUAUAUGUGGUUGCAAGCGUGGUGCGUGCAUUAAGUGUGGUUAUGGUCACUGUCAGAUCACUUUCCAUCCCUCCUGUGCUAGAAGUGCUGGCUUCUGUAUGAAUGUGAAGCUUGGUGGUGGCAAAUUGCAUCACAAAGCUUAUUGUGAACAACACAGUGUGGAGCAGAGAGCAAAGGUUGAAACUCAUAAACAUGGAAUUGAGGAGUUGAAAAACAUGAAGCAAAUUCGGGUUGAACUGGAAAGAUUACGCCUUCUUUGUGAAAGAAUAAUCAAACGUGAAAAAUUGAAGCGAGAGUUGGUUCUUUGCUUACAUGAAAUACUUGCCUGUAAAAGAGAUCAUGUUACUCGUUCAGUGCUUGUUCAUAGUCCCUUUUUCCAUCCGGAUGUUAGCUCCGAAUCUGCAACAACUUCUCUCAAAGGCCAUACAGAUGAUAACAAAUCAUGCAGUGAAGCAAUGCGAUCUGAUGAUGUAACUGUGGACAGUACACUUUCAGUGAAGCACCAAGCAAAGGUUCCUGUGCCUGUGGACAAUUAUCAAAGAACUGAUAACAGCUCCACUUCCCAAAGCCUCUGUGUUCGGAAGCCAAAUGAGAGGGUGCCAUUUUCUGGGAAGCAAAUCCCACACAGAUAUUCUCUUGCAUCUCGUAAUGCUUUGGAUAAUGCAGAAUGGAACUCAAAAUCCAGGAAGCCAAUUGAAACAUUUGAAAAGGAGCUGGUAAUGACAUCGGAUGAAGCAUCAAUGAAGAAUUCACGGUUACCAAAAGGAUAUUGUUAUGUUCCUGUCGAUUGUCUUCCCAAGGAGAAGCACCUCACACAAGAUACCACUUCUGAUGGACAGUUGGAGCACAAUGGUUAGGCUUUGUCAAUACACCGGUUGUGGAUUGCCUUAUGGAAGGGUGACGGCCCAUCUGUGCCUAAUGUAACUGUUUUCCGUGCGGAACUGGAGGUGUAUGUUGAUGAAGGCAGUUGAGUGGCAGAAGCAGUGGUGAGAUGUUGAUUAGGGCCAGUGUGGCCUCAAUGCCAUAUGAGCCGCGUGAUGUGACUCGGGAUGGGGAAGUUUUGGCAUAUCAUUUGUUGUAUAUCUCACAAGAGUAACUGUACAGUGGGUGAGAAUUUCAUUCCAUCAAGGUUUGCCUAGAGGCUAGAAAAAAUUCAGUCUUGAAGGGUCGUUAGGGAUUGUGGGACAAAGGAAUGGAGAUUUGCUUAUUAAAAAGAAAAAGAAAAAAAAAAGAGAAAGGGUCCUACUGUGCGUGCUCUGAGUCUGAUGUAUAGUGUAGCUGUUGUACAUAUUUUUUUUCUUAACGUUAACCUGCCAAAGAAAUGUUGCUCAACCAGUGAUUUUGAUGCGUACAAAGGCAUCAUCUCGACUCUCGUUUCGUACUGUCUGCUCAGAUAUUAUAGAAGUUUAUCUUCCCAUGGAUUGUACGAGAUGACGACCACUAAUUUCAGAUCAAAUUAACUCUUCCUCGGUAAUUUUUAAUUUAUUUAAGUAUAUAGCAAAUGAAUUAUUAAAAGA